UCAUCCUCCGCGUUGCUCUUGCCCGUCUCGCGUUUCCUUUAACGCUCUUUGGCUUGUGAGCGAAGCGCUCAGCUCAGCUUGGACUGAAAAGAAAACCGCCGGGGUUGGAAGAGGUGGAGCGGCAAGAAAGAGAAGACACAGAGAGAGGGAGGAGAUACCCUGGACAGCGCACCUGCCUUCUUCGCUCCGCCGUCUCCGUACAGGCUGCUCCCGGCACCAACGUUAACCAAGUCACAUUAUGGAGCAGCUUGAAGUCUUCGACAAGCAGCUAAACGAUUUUGUGGAUUAUUUGUUUGGUCCCAGGGACCCCAGGGUCAGAGGAUGGCUCCUGCUGGACUCCUGUCUGCCGACGCUCUCCCUUACCGCUGUCUACCUGCUGUUCGUGUGGCUGGGAACCAUAUACAUGAAGAACCGACCUGCGUAUUCGUUAAAGAACGUUCUUCUAGUGUAUAAUUUUGGGGUGACCAUGCUCUCACUCUACAUGCUAAUUGAGCUCAUUUUAUCGACGUGGGAAGGGGGCUACAAUUUACAGUGUCAGAAUCUGACCAGUGCUGGGGAUGCGGACAUUCGGGUUGCUAAGGUGCUAUGGUGGUACUACUUCUCCAAGCUGAUUGAAUUUUCCGACACAAUUUUCUUUGUUUUAAGAAAAAAGAACGGCCAGAUUUCCUUCCUGCACGUGUAUCAUCACGCGUCCAUGUUUAACAUCUGGUGGUGCGUUCUCAACUGGAUACCCUGUGGCCAGAGUUUCUUUGGACCAACUCUGAACAGUUUUAUCCACGUCCUCAUGUACUCCUACUAUGGACUCUCCACCGUUCCUUCGCUGCACAAGUACCUCUGGUGGAAAAAGUACCUCACUCAAGCUCAGCUGAUCCAGUUCCUGCUGACGAUAACCCACACGCUGAGUGCCGCCGUUUGGCCUUGCGGCUUCCCUUUUGGAUGCUUGAUGUUCCAGUCUUCCUACAUGUUCACUUUAGUGAUCCUCUUUGUAAACUUUUAUGUGAAGACUUACAAGAAGAAGACGCCAAGACAAGAUCUGAAGGCUACAGCGGAGUCCGUCGACAUGAGAAACGGCUUUCACAACGGCUACGUCGCCAACGGCUCAGUCUUCCAAAAGAAGUCGCAGUAGGAGGGCCGGACGCCGUGACGCAGGGCAGAAACGACUCCGACGGUCGGCAGCCAAGAGGCACAGCUAGGCCUAGUGCUCACCAGGAAGCAAACUACACUUCGUUGGAGUCUUCUUUUGUUUUUUGUUUUUUUUAAACAGUGUAACAAUUUCUACUUAAUUUUGUAUUAAGCAUUAUAUCUCAAUGUCUAGGUUGUGGAUGGACGAGCAAGUGAAUAAGCUUCGGUUACCUCCGACACGCUGGCAGCCACGAGUGCGAUUUACACGGAUGCCUUAUAAGACAUGAUCCACCUUCCAGCCGGAUUCCCCUGCCUGAAAUGCCUUACUUUUUGAGAGUAAAGGCCAUUUCCUGCAGUAUCGAAGACUAACACGAUGUAAACUCUUAGCGCCGAUAAUCACUUACACUUAAUGUAUUACAACGUAACUGUUAGGAGAAUGAAAUCACAUCACCUUAAAAACAAAAAAAAUUCAACCCUCUUAUGGCUCCGACAUGUCCCGCAGCAUGUGGUGGUCAGUGAAAUGUGGUUUUGGAAGAAUAAAGAUUGUCAGUAAGA